AUGGCCACCACCUCAGCCCACCCUCCACCGCCACUAACUGACGCCGACAUCAUUCAAUUGGCCCAAAAACACCCCUACUCCUCCUCCCAAUCCACCACCCCCUUGCCACUUCCCCCAUUCCUCCUCGCAGAAGCCUCCCACCAAACCCUCUUAUCUUACCUCCAAUCUCGAGCCACCGCUUCUCCGAACCCCUCUUCCGCAGUUUCUGAAUACGCCUCCGCCCUCAUUUCUCUUUCCUCUCUCCAUUCCCCCCUUUCCUCGCUUCUAUCUUCCCUUCUCCUCUCUUACGCUUCCCUUUUCACCACCCAUAAAAUCCCACACGACCGCCUCUCCCUGUCCACCAUCCAGCUCUUCUCAACCCACCUCGACGCCGUCCCAGUUUCCAGUUUACCCCCUAUUAUUGAUUUAAUCACCUCUUAUAUUCCCAAAAUAACCGAUUCUGAGGAUACCCAGUUGCUAAUUUUGCUCCCAAAGGGUCUUGAACUGAUUAGAACCUCAAAUGAGUUUGAAAAUGCUUAUGGGUAUGUAAAUUCUGUUGUUGAUAGUUUAAUUAAGUCUGAAUGGAGAAAGGUUUUGUUGGUGAAAAUGGUGGAAAUUAUUAGGGAAUUUUCCUUUAUGCAAAAAGAGAAAAGAAGGGAUUUUCUUGGAAAAGUGUUUAAUGGGAUGAGGGACGUAGAUUUGCAGGACUUGCCUGGGUUGGUUUAUCAGUUAUUGGUGUUGGCUUCAAAAGGGUUUAGUAAGAAGGAGGUGAUUGAGGGGAUUGUCACGUAUUUUGGAGAUAAAGUGCAGGGAAAGAAGGGUAGUUCAAUUGUAAAACAAGUUGAGGGGACGGUAUUACUUCAUGUGAAUUUUGCAGUAAAGCAGGAUCCUUCUUUAGGCCAGGAGGUUCUGGCGCUAGUAAAGGCGGAUUCGCGGGCAUUUAAUCAUUUUACCGUUGCUGUGUUGUUGUCAGUUGCUAGAGUUAAAAGAUUUUGUGAGAGCUCUAUCGGAGUCCUAAAAACAGCAUUGCUUGCUGCAUAUAAAGACUACAAGUUUGCAAAAGAGUGCAAGUGGCUAUCAGAUCAUUUGAAGGAAGCAUAUCUGCAGAUUGCUCAAGUGAUGGAGAGAGCCAUAAUAAGAGCUGUUAAUGAAAGCAAUUCUGGAAGAGAGCAUAUUAUUCCAAGCAUUGUCCAAUUUGGAUUUGGACUGCUUGAAGGAGUAGAAGAGGUUAGCAAAAGAAGACUUGACAAUUCUGAUGAUCUAUUGGGUGUAGAGGAGCUGGGAAGCCAGAUGCUGAAGAGUUCAUUUGAGGUUCAUGACAUGGCAAGAAAGGAGAUAAUUGAACAAUGCAAAUUUCGCAUCCUCUCUUUGAAGCCUGAGCAAGCAUUGCCCAUUACAAGACUACUUGAGCAUCUCGUCAAGAGUUAUCCAUUCCAAAUGUUGGAUCAUGUUGCACACCUGAAGGAAUUGUUGGAUUAUUUCACUUUUACUCAUGCUGAGAUUUCCUCACGCCUAGUGGCUGUUCUAUUGCCUCUUACUAAAUUCAGCCAUGAUCUUCAGGAUUAUACUAUUUUAGUCUUAAGGAAGGCUAUGUUUAGACGGGAAGAUUCAGUUCGUGUUGCUGCAACCAAUUGCAUUAUCAGUCUGAUACUAGCAGAAAAGCAACGCAAAAGAGAUGGGCCACUUUCUUUUCAAGAAUCAAGCAGUCAAGCCAGUUGUAGCCAACAGGCUGAAAUACCCUGUACCACUGGGGCUAGUCUUUUCCAGGAGCUGAGUGGUUUGUUUCAGAGAUGUCUCUACCAGCAGGCAAAAGCAAGAGAGGUGCUGUAUCAUGGACUUGUAAAGGUUGUCUUGGUGGAUCCUUUAGCUGCUGGUUCUGUUUUUGAUUUUCUUUUACCACACUUCUUUCGCUAUUAUAAAGAGGAUGCAGACAUCAAACUGGACAUUACUUCUUGUAUUAAAUCAGACAGUGGAAAAUUUCAUAUUGAAGAGCCAUUGGACUCUCUUCUCUCUUGCAUCUCUUGGAUCCUUCUACUUCAGCCGCAAGAUAAAACUGGCCACCCUCCUGAUUCAUGGGCUAGUUUUGGCUUCUCUCUGACACAGGAGAACGAGGCUGGAAGAAUACUCUCUGGAGAGUCAUUCUCUAAUGCUUUAUCAAAGAUUCGGAAGUUUCUAAGGACUGCAAAUUUGGAAGGUUUACUGGGUAAAACUGAUGAUUCAGACUCUACAAUUGUAGAAGAAGAAAAGAUUAGAUGUUGUGCGUUUGUUUUGUUAGGGAUUUCAGAAGUGGUAUUGAAUGUCAUCAUCAAUGAGUUGGAGAAAGCAACCAAUGUGAAGAAAGUGGAAUUGCAGAAUGAGCUUUUUGAGUUUGUUGCUAUUCAUGAUAUGUUGGAAAAGUUUACGUGUAAUUCCAGGCAGGUAAAUGGAACAAGAAGAGGGACAGUACGCUCUACUGCCAGUGAUCCAGCUGAUAAGCGUAACUCAAGUGGUUCAACAUUGCCACAGGAAAGAGUUCCUCACUUGGCAACUUCAAGCAUCUGUUGGCUAUUAGCAAUGGCUCCUCAACUAUUGCAAUUUGAUAGUUCCACCAGUAGUGCACCUUCUGAGAACCAUAGCCAGGUGUCUUCCUGCAAAGCAUCAGACCAGCAUCCUAAAUUGAUAAACUUUGUGUUGAAUGCUUGCCUGUGCCAAUUAACAUCAUUACCAUUUGUGGGAAGAGAAGAUCCACUGAAGAUGUUGAUCUAUGGUGAAAUUAAGUUGUUGGGACCUCCUUUGGUGAAAUUGAUUCAGUUGCUAACUUCAGUACCACAGUCUCACAAAAAGAAAGAAUCCAGGGGGAGGAAUGUAGAUGAUAGAAAGGAGCAUAUACAUUUAGCUUUGAUAUGCCUGAAGAAAUUGAUAACUGUAAGUUUGUGUAGCUCUGAAAUUGGUGAGCUAAUAGAAGCUUUGGUGUCAGCCUCUGAAGUUGAGCAUGGAGCAAGUGAUAUUCUGCAUUCUGAUCGAGGAAUUGAAUGCGAAUUAGCUGAAGGUGUAGAAAAUCAAGCUACAAGGAGCAAAGAAAUGUUCAUCAAAAACAGCAUGAUGCCAUUGCUCUCCGAGCUUCUAAAAUCUUCUUUCUUCAGUGAAGUUGAGAUUGUCUGUGAUAUAUUGAUGAUCAUUGGCAACCAACUGCCGGCAGAAAGGCGGAAUCUUGUUGGAGCAUGGAUUUUACAUAUUUGCAAAAGCAUUGAUCUACGAAAUCCCAGGCUUGCAAGAAGUUGGGUCUAUCUGGUUGUUUCCUUAAGCUUACCUCCAAAUGACUUGACUGUUUCCCAGGAAAUGGCUUCUGAACUUCUGAAAGUACUCAGGUUAGGGAAAAGUGAUCCAGAUUUGUCUGAAACAUUCCAUGUUAUUAACAAAACAACUUGCGCGGCGAUAGCUUCUUCUAUACUGCAGAUAGUUGAGUCAAACAUUGUUGACAUGGAUUGGAUCAUAACAAAAUUGAAGACGUACUCUACUGCUACUCAGAAAGGCGUAGCUCUUGAACCCGAUAAAAAUCUUGGACCUGGGCUGGUAUUGGAAGAGACUCUUUAUUGCAGAGUGGAAGCUAUUAUAAAGGUCUCGUCUAAUUUUGUAUUGAUGAACCUAAAAGAUCCUCAAGCAGAACAUUUCUUGAGAUUGUCUACGAAACUAUACAGGGAUUUAGCUCGAAUGGCAAAACUCCUUAUAGCCCCUAGAGGUUCCAAGCAAGUUUUGCCAAGCCUCAAGUAUCAGAAGCUGGUAGAAAUUACCUGCAGGCAGCUGACAGCUCCUCUCUACAAGUUUAUGGAACAGCUACAAAAGGAUCAACAAGAGAGCGGGAACAACAAAGCAAUGGCGAGCAAAAUCAAAAGGGAAAACAAAUGCAUCCCAGAGUUGAUUUUCCAGAUAGAGGACUAUGAAAAAUAUCUCAUUCAACUCGGCAAGGCAGCCAAACUGAAUUUAUUGAGGCAGGCCAAGCGGAGUACUUCGAGGGACUUCAAGAUAUUAGACCCCAAAGACUUCGUCAGGGAAGAAGAAGAAGGUGAUCCUACUAAUGAAACAGAAGAGAAUGAGGGCAAUGCUGCAGAGAGUGAAUCAUCUGAGGAAUCCGGUGAUGAAGAAGAAGGAGAAGAGGGGAAUGGUGGAGCAAACAAUAACGAAUUAUCCCUCGAAUAUGAUGUUCCAAAGGCUGCAGCGGAUUCUGGAUCAGAUGGUGAAGAUGAAGCAGGCCUUUCAAAUGGACAAAGAUCGAAGAGGAGAAGGGUGAUGGAGGAAUCAUCCUCAGACGAAGAGAUGGAGACAGGCCAAAGUUUAGCAUUUUAAGAUGGAAAUUGAACAAUGAAGCAAGCG